AUGGCGGACACGAAGAACGGCGAAGGCGAGGCUCCGUCUUCGACGGCUGGGGACCAGUCCAAUGCACCAUCACCGCGCAACGAAGAUGACGCGCAAAGCAAUCAACUGCAUCAACCCAGCGCUGCAUCAGAAGUAGCGCCUUCGAAAUCAACUAGCAAGGCUUCUACCAGGAAUUCGACACCUGCUGCUUCUUUGGAAGUACGGGAGCCUGCACAAAACCCCAACGACGCGUCUUCUGCCAUGGACGACGUGCAACCAUCGCCCGAGGCGGCCAACGUCGCUUCAAAUCAGUCCAAAGCAUCGUCAAAGGAGCCAGAUCAAAACGGUGAGGCGCUAUCGUCAUACGGUACGCGAUCGCGCGGCCGUCCUGGCAGGUCGCGACCUAAUUAUGCUGAGGACACCGAAAUGGACUUCGAAAUGGGAGCUGCAGCCACAAAUGGCAACGCAUCUGAUCCGCCGUCGCGUAAUUCUGUGGCUCCCGAGAACGGCCACUCUGCCAGUGUGGGUGGGAAGAAAGGUUCCGCCUCUGCACAAGGCAAUGCAUCGUGGGGUAAUUCCGGAACCAACACUAAAGAGACCGCGCCGAAUCCUCAUAUUUCCGGCACAUCAGCAACAGCUGCAUCGACUCAAUCAAGCACACCACAACCGCAGCCCGCAACCAAACGACGCAAAAAUGCUGCUGCGAAUGGCGCAAAUGGUAGUCACGCGAGUGCCGCUGCGCCAAGCCAAGCAGGGGCGAAGCGCGGAAGCCAUGCCAGCGCCAUGGUAGCCGCCAACAGCGCGCGAGAGACCAACAUGAUGACGUUCGAAAACACGGGUGCUUUCCUCAAGGACGGUCACUUGGAAGCCGACGAUGGCCAGAUUCUUUCAGUCAACGAUCAGGUGUACCUCGUGUGCGAGCCGCCCGGCGAGCCUUACUACCUCUGCCGGGUUAUGGAAUUUAUCCACGUCGACAACGACCCCAAGAAGCGGAUAGAGUCCAUGCGAGUCAAUUGGUUCUAUCGCCCACGAGAUGUCCAGCGCUACAACAAUGACACUCGUCUGGUCUACGCGACCAUGCACUCUGACCUAUGCCCUCUGGCGUCUUUACGGGGAAAAUGCCAAAUCUUGCAUCGGAGCGAAAUCGGCGACCUCGACGAGUAUCGCAAAACUAAAGACAGCUUCUGGUUCAACCAGGUUUUUGACCGCUUCAUUCAUCGCUGGUACGAUGUCAUUCCCGUCUCAUCGGUUAUCAACGUACCCGACAAGGUCAAGAAAGCCCUGGACGAGCGGUGGAAGUACAUCUGUCUCGAGACGAGUCGGGUAAAGGAACUCACAAGCGCUGUCAAGAGCUGCAAGCGUUGUGUUGGAUAUUGCGCAGCAGCGCAAGAGAAGAAGUUGGAGGCCCGCCUGGGUACCACUCACGAAGAUGCCGAAGAGGAAGAAGUCAUAGAUGAGGAAGAGGAGGAAGCAAGCGGCGAUACCAAUGCAGACACACCGGACCCCGAUUCCCAAGUCGACACACAUCCUGCAACACAGGCCGAGAUUGCUUUGGCUAAGAUGUGGCCUAUGCGAUAUCUUGGCAUACACUGCCGGGUAGAGGACGCACUGCAGUACGACGAUCGGGCCAUUUACCCUCGCGCAAGUUCUCGGCUGGGACCUCGACACCAAGCAAACGUCAACGUCUGGCAUGGACACCCUGUGGAACUGGUCAAACCUGCGGAGAUUAAGAAGCGCUACGUCAAGGCUGCGGGUAACAAGAAGGAAGGCAAGCUAUCGAAAGAGACGGUAGCGGCGAUUGAAGCAGACAAGGCGGAGAAGGCUAAGCGCCCUAAGUGGGUAAUGGACGAGCCGCCUGGUUAUGUUCGUCGUGGUGAAGAUCUGCCGAACAAGGACUCCAAGUGUACCGCGGAACUGAUGUUCAAGAUGCCUCCACUAGGAGUACACUCCACUCGAGGAGAAGACAACGCUCCCAACGUCACGGAAGAUCAAGUAAAAGCCUACAUGGACCGGGCAAGGGCCUUGGCCAAGUCGCAUGUUGGAGUGGAACCGUACAACACGAACUUCUUGGAUCGGUGCUUGACGCUCUUCACCAAAUAUCAGUACGACGCGGAUGUAGCCUUGAAGCAUGUCAAGAAGAUCGACAAGCGGAAAGACUUGAAAGAACCAGAGCUGACCAAGGAAGAAGAGAAGAAGUGGAACGAAGGUGUGGCAAAAUAUGGUUCUGAGAUCAGGCUCGUCCGCCAGCACACCAGCAAGACCAUGUUCUACGGGGAUGCCGUGCGCUAUUACUACAUGUGGAAGAAGACACCCAAAGGAAGAGAAAUCUGGGGCUCUUACAGCAGCCGCAAGGGCCGCAGCAAGAAGGUUGAGCCUGACACACAAUCCCGGCUUGUUGACGACGUAGCGGAUGCCGCAGACGACUCGGCUUUCGACAGCGCAAAGGCCAUUCAGCGCAAGCGGCUCUUCCAGUGCAAGUUCUGCACAGUUCGCCACUCUCGCCAAUGGAGACGCGCGCCUGGCGUGACACCUGGUCAAAUGAUACCCCCGGAUGGUCGUUCCAAGGACAAAACCGGAUUCCUCAUCGCCCUUUGCCUGCGCUGCGCGAAUUUAUGGCGCAAGUAUGCAGUGACAUGGGAAAAUGUAGACGAGAUCGCAAAGAAGGUCGCGCAGGGUGGAGGUAAGGCGUGGAAGCGUCGCAUUGACGAGGAGCUCCUCCGUGAGGUCUACGCCGCGCAGUCAGACCCCAGCUCCAAGAACCCCACUCCGGAGUACGUCGAGAUGCCGGCUGCUAUCGCCCAACCGAUUGCAGAGCCACCGAAGAAGAAGCAGAAAACUGCCGCCAUUACCAACGGAGACAGUGGAACAACAACUCCUGUCAACGAGCCUGUCUCGAAGAAGAAAGAAAAAGAGAAGGCUGCCCCGGCGCCCAAAGCCCCAACUCCACCACCAGUUCCUGCGCCUCCAAAACUGAAGCCUUUGCCAUGCGCUGCAAACAAGUGGUAUUGCGAUCCAUGCAAGAACGACAAGAAAGAGAGCGUGUCAUAUCAGGAGAGCGAGCAAGAGUUCUAUGAACAACCGAAGAUUACGCACAAGAAGAGGACGGAUCGUGAUCGCGAAAGGGAGCGCCUAGAGAAGGAGCUUAUUGACAGAGCCAAGGACGAGUAUCGCCUUCGGCAACAAGAGAAGGGUCGACCGCUUGUACCCCGUGAACCGCUCAAGCGCACCGCUGACAACAACUGGGUGCACGUGUAUUGUGCAAUAUGGCAUCCUGAAAUCAAGUUCAGCAGCGCGACUCGUCUCGACAUGGUGGAGGGAAUAGGGGCACCAACACUUCGAGAUGCCGUACCUACGGUGACUAUGAACGGAGAGACGGGUACUCUGAUCGCCGCGAUCUGGUGUAAAGACCACGCUCCCAAGACUGUUGUCCACCCAAUGAAUGAACCCGUAGAUGGAACAGACCUGAUUGCGCUCCAGCUGUUCGCGCGGGAGUUCAAGCAGGCUGACCUCACCCUGACCGGUACCGCGCGCAAAGCCAAUUUGGUGGACCAAUCGACACGCAUCGUACCCCAAAUCGUGCCUGCGCCGGCCAACCGCCGAGCAUCUGCAGUUGCAGCGCCCACACCCACGUCAGCCCGAGGUCGACAGUCCAACGCUGGUAUAUCAGUCAAGGAAGAGUCAAGCGAGCCAGCGGCGCCCAAGCCUGAGCGUAAAUGCGUGCGCUGCAAGAUCGAAUCUAGCCCACGAUGGUGGAAACUUGACGAGGAAACGGCAGCAACGCAAGCGCCUCGUAUAGUAGACGGACCAAUCGACCGCGACGGUACUGCAGAUAUGAACGGCCACAUCGAGAAGAAGCCCGUCGUCGAGGAAGGCCAAAUCGUCAACGGCAAUGGCCAAGGCGAUCAGCCAAUGACUGAUGCGCCAGCUGUUGCUUCACCAGCGCACAAAACCUUGCGGCUCAACACUGAUGUGGACGCGGCUCCUUCAGCGUCAUACAUGUGCCAGAAGUGUCAUUGGAAGAAACAAAAUGGCAAAGAUGAUGAGGAGGAAGAGCGAGCGAGAUCAGUUUCGAUCUUCAAAGAGCCACCACAAACGUAUCCACUGCCCGCGACUCAAAUUCCACCAUAUCCACCACCACCACCAGCUUUGGCAGGAGGUUGGGCGCUACAAGGCGGACCGAUACCAGGUCAGCCUCCGCCGUUGCCCUCAUGGCAUAGCGGUGUUCCUCCAGGGCCUGGGCAUCCCCCACACCACAUGCCCAACGGAAACGGUUACGGGCCACCACCACUACAAGCUCCACCUGUUGGUCAUAUUCCUGCAUUCCACGCGCCAUACCCGCCUCAGCCGAAUGGGUGCACCGAUGCACUCGGCGAUAGCAGCGGCAGGGCUUCGGCCACCGUACUCUGGACCACCCAUUAG